UUUGUCUUCAAUUUAUAGUCACUACAACAUCAUCCACCAACAUUUAACUUUUAACCCCAUAAUUUUUAAGGAUCAUCUAACAUUAAUCGAUACAUAUCAAAGUCAAAAGAAAAAAUACAAUCUCCAUCUGUUGAAAGACUUUUCUUUCACCUUCCCAAUGAGCAAUCUGUGUUCUUUAGUGACAACGAUGACCUUGAGUCCGUGCUAACAAGAAAAACUGUUAAAGAAUCAAUGUUUACAUCUUAGAUGUAAGCAAGCAAAAUCUAUCUGGAAGGAAAAGAUUUGACCUAUGCAAAGUUCGUUUCAUGUUUUGUGUAUGUAGCUAGCAAGAGGUGUUGGAAGCCACGAACAAAUGGUUACACUAUUGGUAGACUCAUCUGGGUACCUCCUACAACAGGUGAACUGUUCUAUUUAAGAAUGAUGCUCACUGUAACAAAAGGGCCACGUUGUUAUGAGGAUAUUAGGACGGUUGCCAACAUUCAAUACCUAAGCUUUAGAGAAGCGUGUUUUGAAGCGGGGUUGCUUGGUGAUGAUAAAGAAUAUAUUGGAGCAUUAAAAGAAGUUAAGGAUUGGGCAUCAGGGCACUACUUAAUAAAAUUAUUUGUAACUCUGCUUUUAUUGUGUCCCGUGAGCAGACCUUAUCAUGUAUUGCAACAAACUUGGCAGUGCUUGGCAGAUGGAAUUUUGUAUCAACAACGGAGGCUCUCGAGCAUCCCAGAUCCUACUCUAGAUAACUCUACAUGCAAUAUACAUCAAGGGAGUGAACUUGCAGAGCUAUUGAAAUAGACUAUGUUGAUAAUAUGGGAUGAAGCAACAAUGGCUCACAAAUUUUGUUUUGAAGCAUUGGACGGAAGCAUAAAUGACAUCAUCAAUAAUGAUGGUGAUUCUAUUUCUUCAUUCGGAGGAAGAGUGAUUGUAUUUGGAGGAGACUUUAGACAAACUUUGCCAGUUAUUACUAGAGGAAGUCGUUCAGACAUUGUU